AUGGUGAUAAUGACCGAAUUGGGGGUCCUUCUCGUCCCGGUGAUGAUGCUGGUGGGAUUCACCUUGCAGGCGGAAAUUAAGAACGGGAAAGAGGCUGAAAAAACUGGGAAUUUCAUGGAAGACGAGCAUUGGCUGUCCACCAUUUCACAGUACAGCCGCAAGAUCAAGCACUGGAAUCGCUUCAGAGACGAAGUAGAGGAUGACUAUGUGCGGACCUUGGAUGAGAAUCAGGGAGGCUCUAAUGAAAAUGUUGACACCACCAAGGACCCCUGUCAGAAGGUGAAGUGUAGCCGACACAAGGUGUGUAUCGCCCAGGGAUACCAAAGGGCUGUGUGUGUCAACCGCAAGAAGCUUGAGCACAGACUGAAGCAGCCUUCCCUGAGGUCUCCUGAGGGAGGAUGCCGGCCCUGCCCCAUCUCCUCCUCUGUUGCUGUGUGUGGCUCUGACGGACACAACUACGCGUCACAGUGUAAACUGGAGCAGCAGGGGUGCCUCACAGGGAAGGAGCUGACUAUGAAGUGUUCAGGUCUUUGUCCCUGUCCAACCACAGCGCCCAUCACAGAGACAGAGGUCAAGCAUGAGAGUUGUACAGGGCAGGACCUCUCUGAUCUGGGGGAGAGGCUGAGGGACUGGUUCCAGCUGCUGCAGGGCAAUGCCAAGCUGAACAACAACAGCAAGACUGGAGGCAGCAACCCAGCAGGGGCUAACACUGGAUCAGUCAUGGACAGGAAUGUGGUGGCCAGCUGUAAGGACUCUAUAGGUUGGAUGUUCUCAAAGCUGGACACCAACAGUGAUCUGUAUCUGGACCAGGCCGAGCUGGCAGCCAUUAACCUGGACAAGUAUGAGGUCUGCAUCCGACCCUUCUUUAACUCCUGCGACUCCUACAGGGACGGGAAGGUUUCUACAGCCGAGUGGUGCCUCUGCUUCUGGAGACAGAAGCCCCCCUGCCUGGCGGAGCUGGAGAGGAUCCAAGUACAGGAGGGAGGCAAGAACAAACUGGGCUUGUUCAUCCCUAGCUGUGAUGAGGAUGGAUACUAUAGAAAGCUACAGUGUGAUCAGGCCAGGGGAGAGUGCUGGUGUGUCGACCAACACGGUGGGGAACUAGCCAGUUCCAGAAUCCAUGGCAACCCUGACUGUGAUGAGGCGCUGACAUAUUCAGGUGAUUUUGGCAGUGGGGUAGGAUGGGAGGAUGAGGAAGAGAAAGAAGCGGAGGAGAAUGAAGAGGAAGAGGAAGGAGAGGCGGAUGACGGAGGAUAUAUUUGGUAG